AGCGCAGAAGUAGUACUAGACUCCAUAAGAAAGAGUGAGAAAAUGGAACUCACAACUAUGGAGGCAAUGAUACAAAGCCAAGCAAAGCUUUGGGGACACAUAUUUACCUUUACGGACUCCAUGGCACUGAGAUGUGCCUUGGAGCUCGGCAUUGUUGACAUCAUACACUCCCAUGGUGGCCCAAUCACUCUAUCCCAAAUAGCUGCUGGUAUAGACUCUCCCUCUCUAAACAUCGACAACCUCGCACGCGUCAUGAGAUUGCUAGUGCGCAAAGAUAUCUUCACCACUCAUCAUCAGCCAUCAGACUCUGGGGAGAUCACUCUCUAUGGGUUGACAGCUCACACGUCAAGAUGGCUCAUACAAGGUUCUGAAUUUAGCCUGGUUCCAUUCAUAUUGAUGCAAACCCAUCCAGGGCUAAUGACUUCAUGGUUUUCCCUUAGCCAAUGUGUCGAGGAAGGUGGCACUGCUUUCAGCAAGGUCCAUGGUUGUGAGGUCAUAGACUUUGCCCACAACAACCCUGAAUUCAAUAAAAUGUUCAACGAUGCAAUGGCUUGCACGGCCAAGCUCGUUGCAGAGCCCAUCUUAUGGGGAUACAGAGAUGGGUUCGGUUCCAUUAAUGGCUCGUUGGUGGAUGUGGGAGGUGGGACUGGCGAGAUGGUGGCUAAGAUUGUGAAAGCUCAUCCACACAUCAAAGCAAUCAACUUCGAUCUGCCUCAUGUUAUCACAACGGCACCAAUGCACAAAGGGGUCUCCCAUGUUGAGGGUAACAUGUUUGAGGCCAUUCCUAAUGCUGAUGCAAUUCUAUUAAAGAGAGUACUGCACGGUUUUAGCGACGAAGAUUGCAUCAAGAUCUUAAAAAACAGUGUAAAGGCAAUACCAAAGAAGACUGGGAAGAUUAUUAUUGUGGAACAUGUUCUGGAUCCCAACGGAAAUGGACCAUUUGAUGAGACAGGCUUAGCAUUCGAUUUGAUAAUGAUGACAGUAGCCCCGAGUGGAAAGGAGAGGACAGCGCUGGAUUGGAAGAAAUUGCUCGAAGAAGGAGGCUUUCCCCACCACAAGAUCAUCAAGAUUCCUGCUUUUCUAUCUAUUAUAGAGGCCCACCCAGCAUGAAAUUAAUAGAGAAUUAGUGAAGUCUCUUAAUUUAUAUGAUAACUAUUGCAGCAAUGAAUAAAAACAAAAGUAAUAAAGAGUUUGAGUUUUUAAGAUUUCAGAGUUAA